GAAAACUAUUUAUUUAUUCAUGAAAUCAACGUUUAACUGUUUUUUUAUGGAAGCACAUGACUGGAUUUAAAAGAAGAAGAAGGAGCUGGACGAGAUGACCAUGAAGUUCAUCAUUAUGCUCAUUUUACUCGUGCAUGAGGCGUCUGGCAAAUUUCCACUCUGCCACUUCACAUGGGAGAUGAAAAAAGCCAGCCUGGAGUGUCGAGAUGGUUUGGAGAAGCUUGCAGUACCCCCUGCAGGAUGUGUCGGUGAGUGGGACAACGCUUCGUGUUGGCGAAACGCGGCGGUGGGUGAGGUGGUCACCCAACCUUGCCCCGCCCCCCUUUUGCAUCUGUUUGGAAAGAAAGGUAAUUUAAGCAGGAAGUGCACCCAGGAAGGUUGGUCGGACGUCUACCCUGUCAUCGCCUCCGCCUGCUCAUCCAACGACACCGGCCAACCCAAUGAGCUGGUGUUCUACAAAGUAGUGAUGGUUCUGUCCACGCUGGGUCACAGCUUGUCUCUCAUCAGUCUUCUCAGCAGCACCGUCAUCAUCGCGCUCUUCAGGAGGCUUCACUGCAUGAGGAACUACAUCCACAUAAACCUCUUCGCGUCCUUCAUGUUACGUGCCGUGGCCGUGCUCACCAAAGAUCUCCUGCUCUUCUCCGAAGAGGAGGACGAGCUGGACUGCAGCAUUCAGCCGUCUCUGGUGGGUUGUAAGAGCAGCUUAGUGUUCCUCAACUACUCCAUCAUGGCCAACUUCUUCUGGCUGUUGGUGGAGGCGCUCUACCUUCACACGCUGCUGCUGGUCGUCCACGGACGAUGCGCCAGGCUUUCCGUCUACCUCCUCAUCGGCUGGGGAAUCCCGGGCGUCUUCACGCUAGCGUGGAUCUUGUGUCGGAUUCACCUGGACGACACUUGGUGCUGGGAGAGGAAUGAUAAUCCCAUCCCUAGCAGAGUGUUGGACUGGCCCAUUUUGGCCUGUGUUGUUGUGAACUUCAUCCUGUUCAUUAGCAUCAUCCGCAUUCUGGUGCAGAAGUUGCGCUGCACCGACGUAGGUGGCAACGAGCAAUCGCAGUACAAGCGUCUCGCCAAGUCCACCCUCCUGCUCAUUCCUUUGUUUGGGAUCAACUACGUGGUCUUCGCCCACCUGAUGGAGCCCAGCGACACAGUCACGCGGCGGGUCAAGAUCUUCUUUGAGCUCGGACUCGGCUCCUUCCAGGGUCUUAUCGUGGCGGUGCUGUACUGUUUCCUCAAUUGCGAGGUCCAGUGCGAGUUCCGAAGGGUGUGGAAGAGCUUAUCCCUCAAGGGUUAUGUGAGCGGUCGCGAGUGCCGCCCGGGCGUCGUCUCGCCGGCCUGCAACGGCGCCGAGCACUCUGCCCCGUUCCCCAGGAACUCCCGAGCAGCGUCCAUCUUGCAGACGGAGACCUUUAUGCUGUGACAUCUCGACCCUUAAAGGUUCCUCCACUCUAAGAACUCUCCAUUCUUUUUAUUAUUAUAUUUCAAUUUAAACACACAUAUGUGGAAUUAUUAAAUACACUCUUUGCGUGUUUUUAUAGCAUUUAUUGCACUUUAAAAACAAUAUUUACAAGUCAUCAAAACUCAGAGGAAAAUAAACAAAAACGUGAAAAACUUACAAAGCAAAACUGAAAGGGAAAAAAGUGGAAAAAAAUUCUGCAAAAACUAAGCUGAGCGUUUUUUCAUUAGUAGAAUUUACAUGAAAGGAUGUAUCCCCAUCUGGUGGUCAAUGAUAGAUUUACAACUAAAAUAGAAGGCUAAGAAAAAAUAUAUGUACUGUAUUAACUAAUAUUACUGCACAAAAAUAAAACACUGUUUUGUAGGACGGUGAAUUGAUUGUUAUUCUAUCAAUAAAUACAGUUAUUAUGGGUUUUUUUUUCAUACCGGAAACCUUUAUUUACCUAA